AUGAACCAAAGCAAAGAGGAAAGUAAUUCAAGUGGCGACGCAGAGAAAAGUGUCAAAGCAGCUGCUGAGAAACAAGACAAUGAUUCUGAAGUAAAGACAGUAGGAGCUGCGGGAGAAACAGAGUCUGUUGCUGCUGCAGCAUUACCUGCGGAGCCGCUUAACUUUGAUGACUUCAACUCGGCAAAAGAUAUGGAGGUAAUGGGAAUGGAGAGAUUAAAGACUGAACUUCAGUCUCGUGGACUGAAAUGCGGAGGGACAUUACAAGAGAGGGCUGCAAGGCUGUUCUUGCUUAAAUCUACACCACUCGAUAAGCUCCCAAAGAAAUUGCUGGCCAAGAAAUGA